UAGAUUGAAUUAAAAAAAUGCAAUUUCAUUUCAAAAUUGCUGAACCCGAUCCGAAUGCAUCGGCACUAACAACCACCCAUAAUCCACAUAGCGCUCUACAGCCGCAACAACCGGCAAUCCUCACCGAGCCCAAAGAUGCACAGCAUGAAAUCAAAUUACAAAAUAUCGUUGCCACGUUUUCGGUGGACUGUGAACUGGAUCUGAAGACGAUCAAUUCACGCACCCGCAAUUCGGAAUAUACGCCAAAGCGUUUCCGGGGCGUCAUCAUGCGAAUGCAUUCGCCACGCUGCACGGCGCUCAUCUUUCGCACCGGCAAAGUGAUCUGCACCGGCGCCCGCAACGAAAUCGAGGCGAACAUGGGCUCUCGGAAGUUUGCACGCAUCCUACAGAAACUGGGCUUUCCCGUCAAGUUCGUCGACUACAAACUACAAAAUAUUGUGGCCACUGUCGAUCUGCGUUUCCCAAUUCGGCUGGAGAACCUGAAUCAGGUGCACGGCCAGUUCAGCUCAUAUGAGCCGGAAAUGUUUCCCGGUUUGAUUUAUCGAAUGGUGAAACCGCGUCUCGUCCUGCUCAUCUUUGUGAAUGGCAAAGUUGUGUUUACCGGUGCCAAAUCGCGCAAGGACAUCAUGGACUGUUUAGAGGCCAUUUCGCCCAUAUUGCUUAGCUUUCGCAAAACAUAGAAUUAUAUAUAUAUAUAUAUAUGUAUACACAUGCAUGUUAUCUCUUUAUUAGUUUUAUGUACUAUAGCAUUAUUCUUUGUGUAGCAUUUAUCGAACAAUUUCACUGCGAAACAAUAAUAUUUACCUAUUUAUACCACUUUUUUAUAAAACCAAUAAAC